GACAAAAUUGAAGUCAAGAAGGGCGGUGGUGGAUCAUUAAAUCGCAAACGAAGAUAGCCUCCUUUCCACUUUGAACAUGGAGCAGCACCAAUUCUUUUCCUUCCCAAUUUUGUUCAUCUCCUUCAUCUUCAUCUUUAUGAUCCUGAAGAUAUGGAGAAGGUCAAAAACCAAUCACUCCACCACAAAUCUACCCCCAGGACCAAGCAAGCUACCCAUUAUAGGGAACAUACAUCAGCUUAUUGGCUCUCAGCCUCAUUAUCGCCUAAGAGACUUGGCCAACCAAUAUGGUAGCAUCAUGCAUCUUCAGCUUGGCGAAGUUUCCAAUAUAGUGAUUUCUUCACCAGAAGAUGCAAAACAAGUGAUGAAGACCCAUGAUAUUGUGUUUGCUCAGAGACCUUUUCUCAUUGCUGCUAGUAUUCUAACUUAUAACUUCGCAGACAUUGCUUUUUCACCUUAUUCAGAUUACUGGAGACAGCUGCGAAAAAUUUCUGUAUUGGAAUUGCUAAGUGCAAAGCGUGUGCAAUCAUACAGAUCGAUUAGGGAAGAGGAGGUAUCAAAUUUGAUCAGUACAAUAUCUACUUCUGCAGGGCAGCCCUUCAACUUUAGCAGGAAGAUUUUUUCUUCAACCUAUGCCAUCGCUGCUCGUGCUACUUUUGGAAGGAAAUGCAAAGACCAAGAGGAAUUCAUUCCACUUGUUGAAGAAAUUACAGAGGUGGUAGGAGGAUUCAAUCUAGCAGAUUUGUUCCCUUCCAUGAAAUUACUCCAUGUAAUUAGUGGGUCGAUGUCUAGACUCGUGAGGCUGCAUCGAGAAGCAGACAGGAUCAUUGAAAACGUCAUUAAUGAUCACAGAGCUAGGAAGAAAACAUCAAAGACAGACAGCGAGGUUGAAGAAGAUGACCUUGUUGAUGUCCUUUUGAGGCUUCAGGAGCAAGGAAACCUUGAAUUUCCAUUGACAAACGACAACAUUAAAGCAGUCAUCCUGGAAAUUUUCAUCGCUGGCAGUGAGACAUCAUCAACAACAGUAGAGUGGGCGAUGUCCGAAAUGCUGAGGAAUCCGAGAGCGAUGGAGAAGGCACAAGAGGAGGUGAGGAGGGUAUUUAGUAAAAAAGGAAAUGUGGAUGAAACAGAGAUCCAUGAACUGAAAUAUUUGAAGUCAGUAAUAAAGGAAACUUUGAGAUUACACCCUCCUGCUCCUUUGCUACUUCCAAGAGAAGGCAGAGAGAGAUGUGAGAUUAAUGGAUACGAGAUCCCAGCCAAAACCAAAGUGAUUGUUAAUGCAUGGGCAAUUAACAGGGAUCCAAAUCACUGGACUGAAGCUGAGACAUUCUACCCAGAAAGAUUCCUUGAUAGUUCGAUUGAUUACAAGGGGAACAACUUUGAGUUUAUCCCAUUUGGUGCUGGAAGAAGGAUGUGUCCUGGAAUAUUGUUUGGAAUAGCAAACGUUGAGCUUCCACUUGCACAAUUUCUGUAUCAUUUUGACUGGAAACUUCCUAAUGGAUUGAGCGCAGAAACUCUAGAUAUGACGGAGUCUUUCGGGGCUACAGUUCGAAGGAAAAACGAUCUGCAGUUGAUCCCCAUUCCAUAUAAACCAUCCUCAGCUGCCUGUCAAUCUAGCCACCAAGAAAACUCAAACUGCAUAAAUGAAGAUGUGAAGCUUUUCAGUAAUGGAUAUUCAACCAUAAGCCUCCUUUCCACUUUGAAGAUGGAACAGAACCAAUUCCUUGCCUUCCCAAUAUUGUUCACCUCCUUCAUCUUCUUCUUUAUGGUUCUCAAGGUACGGAGAAGGUCAAAAACCAACCUCUCCACCACAAAUCUACCCCCGGGACCAAGCAAGCUACCUAUUAUAGGGAACAUGCAUCAGCUUAUUGGCUCUCGACCUCAUUAUCGCCUAAGAGACUUGGCCAACCAAUAUGGUAGCAUCAUGCAUCUUCAGCUUGGUGAAGUUUCCAAUAUAGUGAUUUCUUCACCAGAAGCUGCAAAACAAGUGAUGAAGACUCAUGAUAUCGUGUUUGCUCAGAGGCCUUCUCUCGUAGCUGCUAGUAUUAUAUUUUAUAACUUCUCAGACAUUGUUUUUUCACCUUAUUCAGAUAACUGGAGACAGCUGCGAAAAAUUUGUAUAUUGGAAUUGCUAAGCGCAAAGCGUGUGCAAUCAUACAGAUCGAUCAGGGAAGAGGAGGUAUCAAAUUUGAUCAGUACAAUAACUACUUCUGCAGGGCAGCCCGUCAACUUUAGCAGGAAGCUUUUUUCUUUAACUUAUGGCAUCACUGCUCGUGCUACCUUCGGAAAGAAAUGCAAAGACCAAGAGGAAUUCAUUCCACUUUUUGAAGAAAUUACAGAGGUGAUAGGAGGAUUCAAUCUAGCAGAUUUGUUCCCUUCCGUGAAAUUACUCCAUGUAAUACGUGGGUCGAUGUCUAGACUCGUGAGGCUGCAUCGAGAAGCAGACAGGAUCAUUGAAAACGUCAUUAAUGACCACAGAUCUAGGAAGAAAACAUUGAAGAUAGACAGCGACGUUGAAGAAGAUGACCUUGUUGAUGUUCUUUUGAUGCUUCAGGAGCAAGGAAACCUUGAAUUUCCAUUGACAAACGACAAAAUUAAAGCAGUUAUCUUGGAAAUUUUCAUCGUUGGCAGUGAGACAUCAUCAACAACAGUAGAGUGGGCGAUGUCCGAAAUGCUGAGGAAUCCGAGAGUGAUGGAGAAGGCACAAGAAGAGGUGAGGAGGGUAUUUAGUAAAAAAGGAAAUGUGGAUGAAGCAGAGAUCCAUGAACUGAAAUAUUUGAAGUCGGUAAUAAAGGAAACUUUGAGAUUACACCCUUCUGCUCCUUUGAUUCCAAGAGAAGGCAGAGAGAGAUGUGAGAUUAAUGGGUAUGAGAUACCAGCCAAAACCAAAGUGAUUGUUAAUGCAUGGGCAAUUAACAGGGAUCCAAAUCACUGGACUGAAGCUGAGACAUUCUAUCCAGAAAGAUUCCUUGAUAGUUCGAUUGAUUACAAGGGGAACAACUUUGAGUUUAUCCCAUUUGGUGGUGGAAGGAGGAUGUGUCCUGGAAUAUUGUUUGGGAUAGCAAACAUUGAGCUUCCACUUGCACAAUUUCUGUAUCAUUUUGACUGGAAACUUCCUAAUGGAUUGAAGGCUGAAAGUCUAGAUAUGAUGGAGUCUUUUGGGGCUACAGUUCGAAGGAAAAAUGAUCUGCAGUUGAUCCCCAUUCUAUAUAAACAAUCCUGAGCUACCUGUUAAUCAAGCCAAGACUGAGACAGCCAGGAGUUGGCUGUUCUCCUUGUAUAAUAAUUGUAAAGGGUUCUCUGGGUCUUUUCAACUGACUUAAAGAUAAAUGUUGUCCCUUAAAAUGGCUGAAGGGUCAAUUGAUAUUUACUCCCAAACCCUACCGCUAAUAAUUUCAAGUGCAUAUUACUACUAUGUUGUUGAAGUUUAACCUAAUCAAGUAAAAU